AUGUCUUCCGCUAAUAACUCCUCGCCGGAUAACUCUUCACCAGAUAAUUCCACACCCGAUAAUAGCACCCCUGAUGAUGCUGAUAACUCUUCUUCACCACCAAAAUCCCCACCACCACAAUCUCCACCACCACAAUCCCCACCACCACAAUCUCCACCUCCACAAUCCCCACCACCAUCACCACCUGCACAAUCCUCUCCUCCUCCUUCACAAUCAACUCCUAAUCAACCACCACCAUCACCUUCACAAUCAACUCCUAAUCAACCACCACCAUCACCUUCACAAUCACAAUCUUCUCCUCCACCACCAACAUCAAACAAUCCAUCCCCAUCAUCACCAAAUUCAUCCUUUAACCCACCAACGCAGGCAGGAGGCCGUUCUUCACCAGGCUCCCCUGGAUCCGGAAAUUCAUCGUCGUCCCAACAAAAAUCAUUACCAAAUUCAUCACCCGGGCGUUCCAAUGGUAAUUACGACAUCAAUAAUAGUGAUACCACUAAGGCAAUAAUUGGAGCAAUGAUUGGGGUGGGAGGUGUUCUUCUCAUUAUGGUCAUCGCAUGCAUUUUUUUCUCCCGGAAGAAAAAAAGAAAGCAAAUGUACUAUUAUGGAGAUCAUCCAUCUCAUGGAAAAGGGAAUAACAACUAUUACAACAAUGGGCCACCCCAAAAUUAUUAUGGAGGUCCGCACGGGGAACACGUUGUUAGGCUACAAAAUGGAAUGGGUCCCAACGGAAUGGGUCCUAACGGAAUGGGUCCUAACGGAAUGGGUGGAAUGGGUCCUAAUGGCGGCGGUGGCGGUGGUGGUGGUUGGGGUGCAGCUCCUAUGAUGAUGAACAGUGCAGACAUGAGCUCAAAUUACUCUGGUGGGCCACCAGCUUUGCCUCCUCCAUCACCAAGUCUUGCUUUAGGGCUUAAAGGAGGCACAUUCACUUAUGAGGAAUUGGCAGCCGCGACUGAUGGAUUCACUGAUUCAAAUUUGCUAGGACAAGGUGGUUUUGGUUAUGUCCAUAAGGGUAUAUUACCUAGUGGAAAGGAAAUAGCUGUCAAGAGUUUAAAAUCGGGUAGCGGACAAGGAGAACGAGAGUUCCAAGCUGAGAUUGACAUCAUUAGUCGUGUCCAUCAUCGCCAUCUUGUUUCACUUGUUGGAUAUUGUAUUUCUGGUGGCCAAAGAAUGUUGGUGUAUGAAUUUAUUUCAAACUACACAUUGGAGUAUCACCUUCAUGGAAAGGGUCGACCUACCAUGGAUUGGCCAACUAGAAUGAGAAUUGCAAUUGGUUCUGCUAAAGGGCUUGCCUAUCUUCACGAGGAUUGUCAUCCUCGCAUCAUUCAUCGUGAUAUCAAAGCUGCAAAUGUCCUCAUUGAUGAUAGCUUCGAAGCAAAGGUUGCUGAUUUUGGCUUGGCUAAGUUGACAACCGAUAAUAAUACUCAUGUAUCAACUCGUGUCAUGGGGACUUUCGGGUACCUAGCCCCAGAAUAUGCAUCAAGUGGAAAAUUGACCGAAAAGUCCGAUGUUUUCUCAUUUGGGGUCAUGCUAUUAGAACUUAUAACUGGAAAGCGACCUGUGGAUGCCACAAAUGCCAUGGAGGACAGCUUAGUGGAUUGGGCUCGACCACUACUGAACCGUGGACUAGAGGAGGAUGGAAACUUCGGUGAGUUGGUGGAUCCGUUUUUGGAAGGAAAUUACAAUCCUCAAGAACUCGCCAAAAUGGCAGCCUGUGCUGCUGCUAGCAUUCGUCAUUCUGCCAAGAAGCGUUCGAAAAUGAGCCAGAUUGUAAGAACAUUGGAAGGAGAUGUCUCACUGGAUGACUUGAAGGAGGGAAUGAAAGCAGGGGGCCUCCCUGCUCAUACCCCUUCAUCUGGUAGCUCAGAGUACGACACAAUGCAGUACAAUGCUGAUAUACAGAAGUUCAGAAAGGCGGUGUUUAAUAACAGUCAGGAAUAUGGCACCAACAGUUUCUCCAGCGGCGAAGCACCAAAGCCAAAGCCAUAA